UCAAUCAAUAUCCACACGCCUGGAACCAUCAGCCACCAAGAUGUCGGAUUUUGUUGAUGAGGAGGAACAGAGAAUGCUGAUCAUGCGCAAGGCAUUCCAGAUGUUUGACACGCAGAAAACCGGCUUCAUCGAGACGAUCAAGAUCUCGACCAUUCUCAACACGAUGGGCCAGCUGUUCGACGAAGGCGAGCUGCAGGAUCUGAUCGAUGAGGAGGAUCCGGAAAGUACGGGGCGCGUCAACUUUGACGGGUUCGCGAACAUUGCCUCCAACUUCCUGCAGGAGGAGGAAGACGCGGAAGCGAUGCAGCAGGAGCUGAAAGAAGCCUUCCGGUUGUAUGACCGUGAGGGUAACGGCUACAUCACCACUAGCACGCUGAAGGAAAUUCUGAAGGCACUGGACGAUAAACUGUCCAACGAAGAUCUAGACGGCAUCAUCGGGGAAAUCGAUACGGAUGGUUCCGGAACGGUAGAUUUCGAUGAGUUCAUGGAGAUGAUGACGGGUGAAUAAGUGCUUCCGAUGACC